GAUGUAAGAAAAUGGAGCGCGCGCUUUGCUCAUUUGGUAACACUGUGUGACAAGAUCAGUUGAAGAAAUGUAAUUGAUGUGAUUUGAUAUUUUAUCCCUUAUCCAGCAAAACAUUUUCGAGAACGCAAUAGAAUUUUGCUUGUAUCUCGCAAAAGUAUAUACCGGUGAAAAUGUAACCGGUAGACCACAAGGAGAUCUGUAUAUAAGAAUAGUGCUCGCGUUAUAAAAUUUCCGCUCACACGACAUAGCAAUACUCCGGUGGAAUAUAUUCGUAUUUUAUUGGAACAUUGAACGCCGCGAGAGCGAUAAAAAAGUACGCAAAUAAUGCUCUUUCAUUAGUUGUAGUCCGAAUUUCUGCUUCAGCGAUGUAAGGAAUCCGAAUAUAUUCUUUGUACUGUGAUAGAGAACACUGUAAUAAUCUGGCAAGAGAGUACUGUAUGUACUGUGUUAAACCUCAGCUGGAUCUAGAAUCUCGUUGCGUUACCUUCGUAGAUGAAGAUGAGCGGGGAUAUGUUUGAGGGAAAGGAUUAUCCGACCCAGUGGGCGCUCAAUCCCACCGCCUAUCAAAACAUGAGUAACGACCAAGUGGAUUGGGCAGCUCUGGCGCAACAGUGGAUCAAAAUGAAAGAGACAGUUGUACCACCAGCACCACCACCACCAACUAUAAAUCCCAUAUAUUCCGCAAAUGAUGGCAGUGGCGAGGCACCAAUGGAUAUGGAUACCAAAGAUGAUGAAGUGCCUCCAGCACCGCCUGCACCAAACAUCAGUGGAUCUGAAGCCUGGACUCAGUGGAACCAGUGGGGUCACUGGAACACUUCAGCAUCCGGAACAGGAAGCUGGGAAUGGAGUGGCGUACCACCACCUGGUGUUACUAUAGGUCCUGAUGGCAAACCAAUCGGACUUCCAACUAUGCCGGUUAUACCACCUGCGCCGACAAUAUCUACCACCACUGAUUUUAAUACACCCCCUCCUGCUGCACCAUCACUGUAUUCGUACAAUUCAGUGUCACCAGCACAAUCGUACAAUCAGGUUACUAAUUAUUGGUCUGGAGAUCCACCUAAUACAAUAUCGCCACAGCCGCCUCCUUUCAUGAAGGGCAUGAGGCAUACGAAUAGAACACCACAUAUGAGAGUAAUGGAUCCGGUCCGAUGUCGAGAUGAUAGAGAAAAGACACCGGAAGAAGAUACUACUACGACUAUAGACGCCGCAAAACGGAGACAGUUACCAGCAUGGAUUCGUGAAGGACUGGAGAAAAUGGAGAAGGAGAAACAGAAGGCUAUGGAGAGAGAGCGGCUGGAGAUCUUGAGAAAGCAAGAGUUGGAGGCUCGCAAACAAGCAGAAGAUGAAGCGCGUGCAGUGCUUAAUCCUAGCAAGAGUAAAUUUGAUUCUGACUCUGAGAAGGAGACCGAACAGGAUUUUGAUGUAGCGAGUAGCGCGCGCGGGCCGCAAUCUGUAGAUAAGAGCUAUGAUCGUACCCCGGAUAUCAUUGUUCGGCCGCGAAAGUCACGAUUCAGAGAUGCUGACUCACCAGAAUCUCACGCGGAUGCCGACGAGAGUCCGACCGCCACGACUAGCGCGCUUCCAGCGGUCGCUUCCAGAUCGCAAAAGCGAUCUCUAGACGAGAUCUUCCAGGAUGUGAUGUUGAAAGUAAGACGAUCGCUGACGGAAAUACUUUUGGAGGUAACGAACGAAGAGAUUGCCACAGUAUGCAGAGAGGUUUGGAGCCGCGCACGUGCCAAAGUCCCCGCAGGAGAGACCCCCGUCGCAUCCCUCAACAACACGGCCCCUCUUGCUCAGAUCACUCGCAAGCUCGGUCUGGGCAUCUAUGGCGACAGUAACAGCGAGUCCGAGGAAGAGCAAAGCGAACACGCGCAGAUUCAUGAUGACGACAGCGACGAAGAGCUGAAGGAAACGUUGAGACGUCGACAGCAGGCAUUUCGCAAGACGGAGGAGGAAAUUGAGGCGCGUCUCGCUGAGGAGGAGGAGAAGGAGGAACAGCGUAGUUACGAGGAGCAAAACAGUAGACAACAAGAAAAUCAUACCGGUAAUACUAGCUGCCGGGAGUCAGUUGAUGAAAAAGAAACGGUAAAUAAUCAAAGAGAAGCGUCCGAAACUUUAUCGAGCGGCGGGCAAAGUCCACAAACGACGGCGCCGCAGAACGCGCCGACGGCCGACGGCCACCAGCAGAUGACGAAAGCGAGCAGCACCGUGUCGGGAUCGGCCGACUCCGAGUCGAGCAGCACCGAAUCCACGAGCAGCUUGUCCGAAUCGAGCCGCGAGUCCGCCAAGAAACAUGACAAAGCGCGUAAAGCGGGCAAGCAGCUGCAGACGCAGUCGCAGCAACGCGAGCAGCAACAGCAGCAGCAGCGCGGUUAUCACCAGCGGCGACGAAAAUCUAAGAGCAGGAGCAAGUCGCGAAGCGGCAGACGCUCCACCAGGUCGUCGCGCUCAUCCGAACGCGUGGCGCAUAAGCGGCGUUCGCGCUCGAGAUCAGCCAAGUUGCGCAAGAACUAUCGCUCGCGAUCUUCGCGUUCCUCCAGUGAUCAUAGAUCCAACAAGAAGCGACGCACGAGAUCGCGCGAUCGGAAGCGCGCGAGAUCGCGCUCGCGAAGCUGUCGACGCUCUAGAUCAGCGUCUCCCGACGAUCGCAGGAAGUGGUCAUCGCGAUCGCGCUCCCGUAAGAGGAAAUCCCGUUCGCGUUCCAGAGAUAGGCGGAGGAACAGUCGAUCGCGCAGCAAAUCAUCGCGCGUAACGGCGAAGCGAAGAGGAUCGCGCUCAAGAUCACGCGGAGGCGGCCGAGAGAGAUCGCGUAGCCGUUCGAGGGGUCGCAGACGAUCGAGGUCGUAUGUUUCCAGGAGAAGCCGACGACGGAGCAGCCGAUCCAGAUCGCGGGAUCGAAGUAGAAAAUCACGAUCCAAGUCACGACAGUCGAGCCAUCGCGAUGGUAAGAAGUCGUCACAUCGAUACAGGAAUUGAGCCUGAUCUGCUCUCCUAGCCCAAGGUUGUAUGAAUGUUCAUUCUGAUUAUAGCUUUAACAGAGAAUAAUACGAAAACCAGUGAUACAUUCUGUUUUUAACAAGAAUUUGUCACUUACAUAUUAUUACAUAAACUAAUCGAAAAUUGCUCUCGGAAACUCUUCCUCUUUCUUUCCCUUCUCUUUUCUUUUUGUCGUUGCAUCAUCGCGCACUCAGCUCUCUGUAUUGAUUCUUUAGAGUGUUUAUGUGAUAUUUCUCAUGGAUUUUUAUGUGUUACAAUGUCAACGCGAUAGUUAUAAUUAUACUUUAUGUGUAAUCGAUAUGGCAGCACGGUGCGCAUUUUUAAAUGCAAUCUACUUUUUGCAUGUAAAGAACUUUUUUUCUUUUUAUUUGCUUCUUGCUGUAUGAAAUUUUUUUUCUUUGCAAUUACACGGUAUAUAAUUAAAGAUUAAUUGACAUUGUAUAGUUUCGUUUCUUCUUUGUGUAAAAAAAUGUCAAAAUGAUUGAAAAGUUUGUGUUAUAUAUCGCUAGAACAAAUUAUAAAAUAUAUGAUAAUAUGUUGUUACAAAAAGAGAGAACAAUGAAAUUUGCUCAAUAAUUUUUAAAGAUCUAGUGUGACGGCAGUUAAGAUAAAUAGAAUUAUUCCAGUUUAAAGAUUUUCUACAUAUAGCUGUAUUAUAACAGAUUUAUUAUUAGAUUUAGUUGUAAGAAAUAAAAGCAGCACACAUACACAUACGCGUGCACAAGGCGAUUCGAGAGUAGAUUUAUCAAAAUGCAUUCAAAAUAUGACAGAUAUUAAUUUUGCACACAUAUAUUCAUUGAAUAUCUAGGUUGAAACAAAGGCAAUAAGAUAAUUAAUAUAAUUAUACUAAAUAUAAUGAUCUUCAUCGUUGAAACAAAAAGUUUCAAGUAGAUAUUUUAUUAUUAAUACAAUAUGAUAUUUACACACAAAGAAACGUUUUACACUAAUUGAUAGAUGCAUAUUUUGCUCCCUUUUAGUAUCGAAACAUCUAAGAUUUAAAACUCUUCUUUUAUUUCAAGGAUUUCUUUAUUUAUACGUGUUUUGACGUAGGACGGUAACUAGUCAAUAAGCUUUUUACAUUACGUUUGGACACAAACAUGUAAUUAAAAUAUAUAAUUAAUUUAUAAAAUUUACAUGUAUUAUAUUAUUUUGCAAUAGCAAGAUAAUGUAAUAUAUGAGAGAAAAACAAUAUACCAAAGUAUUAUUACAUUUUCGCUAAUACAUGAAUUAUUGACUGUUUCUUGAGAAUUGAUUAAAUGAGUAUAAAAAGUCUUAAAAUAAGUAUAGAGAAUAGCAUAGUUCUUUUUGCAGGAAAAUUCAAAAAGAAUAUGCCAUUUUGGACAAAAUAUUUGUACAAUUAUUAAACAAUUAUUUGUUCGUUCAAAGAGUGCAAUUAUUUGCGCCGUUCAAGAAUCUGGUAAAUUAAAACGAAUCUAAUCGAGUCUAAGAUAUUAAUAAUCUUUUUCGAUACCAGAAUUAAAAGACUUGCAAUUUAUUAGAAACGUACAUAUCUUUGAUACAUUAAAUGUGAUUUUUGGUAUUAAUAAAUCAAAUUCAUUAAAUGUUGCUGAUAGAAUCUGCACGAGUGCAGAUAUAUACGCGGAUUCUUAUUUAUAUUAAAAUAAUUAUUAUAUUUAAUAUAUAUAUACGAGCGUUAUAAUUAUAUAUAUAUAUAUAUUUAGAUAUAUUAUACAAAUGUAUUGAAUUCUCGAAAAGCACUUUAAUAACAUGAGAUUUGUAUUCGAUUGGAAUGAAAAAUAUAUCUGAAUUCUGAUAAAAAAAAAGAAGAAACGUUUUUUGACAUAAAUUCUAAAGAGCAUUAUUGCAAAAGUGAAGUGACUUGCAAUAUAUUUUGUAGAUUGAAUGUGCGCCAGGAUGUUGACACGAAUCCUAGAAAUCUUAUUUUGUUUCAGCAUCUUCCACACUGGCUUCCGCUCGGCUUCAACGUUUCACUAUGAUUCAGUUCGUCAACGUACAGCCACACUAUUGUGGUACAGUUACAAUUUUUGAAUAUAUCAUAUUAAAUUUUCUCUCAAAAAUAGUGUAUUAUAAAUACGUAUGACAUAUAAUAAAUAGCAAUACUUGAGGGUAUGUGUUAAUUAAAUUUAUCUCUAAAAUA